AUGAAGAUAUCCUGGCUUCUGUUCAACCCUCAAAUCCUCUAUAAGACGAAGCAGCUGAAGAUGAGGAGGAUGUACGGGCGGAGAGUGAUCGAUCUGGACUGUCAACAAAAGAAGUACAAGGCUGGCUGGCACGAACCCAUUGAUGUAACUCGUACAGUAUAUGUGUGGGUCAAUGUUAGGUUCGAGUAUAUAACGCUAUGCCUCCAGGCUAACAACACAUCGAUCAGUACCGCUCAUCGACAACAUGAAGAUGUAUUUGAUCAUCGCAGCUCUGCUCUCAGUGGCGGGGUACUUACGCGUGCCGAGGCCCCGGCGGCCUCAGGUCCGUACCCACCCUCCGGUUGGAAGCCCUCAGGCCGCCUCCUGGUGCUCCCCGCUCGCCAACAAGUGAGCCAGGUGUACGGACCUCCACCCGCGGAGUAUGGACCUCCUCCUCAGGAGUACGGACCUCCGGCAACCGAGGCCGCUACUACCGAGACUGCCACCGAGGAGCAACCCACCGAGCAACCCGAGGAUGCAGCAGAAUCACCAGAAGGUCAGUCUGAGCGUUUGGUAGACAGCGGAGUCUACUACGUUCUCCAGCCGGACGGCAACCUCCAGAUGGUAAGGUACACCACAGCCCCACUCAAGGCUCAGAAGCAGGUCCAGCAGAAGGUUAAGUUCCAACGGCAACAGAAGUUCCAGGGCAACCGAUUUGCCGAGGCUUCCAACAACAACUUUGAGAGCCAGAGGCUUCAGCAACAGCGCACUCAGGUUCAAGCACAUCAGGCUCAAUUCCAACCCAAACCAGCCCAGUUCAACCAGCAACCAGCGCAGUUCAACCAACAGCCAGCCCAGUUCAACCAACAGCCAUCCCAGUUCAACCAACAGACAGCUCAGUUCAACCAACAGCCUGCUCAGUUCAACCAACAGCCCCAGCCAUUCCACUAUGUCGAGAUCCAAAAGUCUCAGGAGAUCCAAGUAGCUCAACCAGCUCAAGAGCCAGCUGUUGGAUUUGUAGCCAAUGUUCAGUACCGUGAUGUAGAGCCCAUCUCUUCUCCUGUCUACGCCUACAACCCUGCUCCUCUAGUACGCAUACUCAAAAAGUAGAAGCCUUAUUGUUGUCUCAUGACUGCUCAUGACCAUUUCACUAUUCUUUUAUUAUUUAUUUAUUUCCAAGCAUCACCACUCAUAUAAAGUGCUACUAAUUAAUGUUGUUGAGUUAUUGAUAGGGUAUGUUGUAUUUAAAUUAUAUUGAAAAGUUAUUAGAUCAA